UCAACUGCAAUUUUCGUGCUGCGGAAGAACGCUACACAAAAAGAAGCAGGGCGAACAGGCGCUGGGUUACGUGCACAUCGAAUGAAUUCGUGUGCACACGGAGGGCGUGUCUGCGCGUAUACGGUGUGUAUGCGUGUGCAUGUGAAUGAGUGUGUUUACGUGAGGAAGUGUAUGAAGAAAAUCUGUGUUGAUUUUGAGGACUGGAACUGUCACUUUCUUGCUGGAUGUGACCCAUUAUUGUCGCUACAAGUAACUGCGUUCUCAACAUAUACAUUGUUAGACCCAGAGUCUAACAUUUAUUCAUGUAUUCAACGAGUAUCUUUUCUUCCCUUACAGUUCUUGCCUGAGGCAUUUCUUGGCAUAGUGUCUGGGACACGGGGAGAGGGAUGCAGUGUUGGAAUGGUGGUAGAUAGAGAUUAUUCGUUGCGUUCGUCAUUCUGGCUGCAUAACUGUGGCAUAAUGGCACAGCAAACUCCUUACAUUGGGAGCAGAAUAAGUUUGAUUUCCAAAUUGGAUAUACGCUACGAAGGAAUAUUAUACACCGUCGAUACCAAUGAAUCAACUAUUGCUCUUGCCAAAGUGCGUUCAUUUGGGACGGAAGACAGACCAACACCAAAUCCAGUCGCUGCUCGUGAUGACAUAUAUGAAUAUAUUAUUUUCAAAGCAACAGAUAUCAAAGAUCUGAUUGUAUGUGAGACACCAAAACCGGUGCCUCAACUUGCCAGCGGUUUGGCAUAUGAUCCUGCAAUAUUAUCGAUUUCUUCCGGACGUACCAUCCCAAUGCAUCCCUCAGUUCCAAGCGUACCUAUAGGCAGCAACAUUAUUAGCGCCGGAUCGUCGCGUUCUGGCACACCGAAUCGCAUUUCACCAGCAGAAGAUCCAGCACAUUCGCGUGCUCCUGGUGCUGGACGCAAUCAACGUAUAGGUUCACUGCCAAAUCAGAUGCAAUCUGUGACAGGUACUAAACGUGGUGGUUUCCAGCAACAAAUACAUCAAGGAGCACUUAAUACCGGACGACAACAGAAUUAUCCAAAUGUUGGUGGGAUUUAUCAGGGGAGCUAUGGACGGGGUGGACAGCAGAAUAAUUAUCGUGAGAGUCGCGGAGGUUUUUUCGGUCGUGGUAGUGUGAAUUAUCAGCGUGGAGGAGGAGGUCAUCGUGGUGGAAUAAGUGGCAAGCCACAGUCGAAAGAGAAGCUGAAGUUUGAAAGUGACUACGAUUUUGAGAAGGCUAAUGAACAAUUCCAGGAAACCCUGAAUCAUAUCAAUCUCGAUCUUAAGAAAACAAAGCUGGAAGAUGGAAAUAAAAAGUCGAUAACAGGGUCUGAUGCUGGUUCAGAUGUUGUUGAAGAGGAGAUCGCUGAAAAUGGCCAGGAAGAACAGGAAAAGCGGUACUAUGAUAAAAGCUCAUCAUUUUUCGAUCGAAUUUCAUGUGAAGCGCUUGAAAAACAGGAAGGAAAACCACGUACGGACUGGAGAAAAGAGCGUGAGACCAAUCAGGAGACAUUUGGGCACUCUGCGGUGCGUUCACUGACAUACCGCCGCCCUCGAGGAUUCAUGAGUGGACGUGGCGGCCGUGGCGGACACAUGAGUAAUGGUUAUCGCUACAAUUCUGGCUACAACUACGGAAAUCAGCAACGGAGCAGUUAUGGCAAUUUCCAUAAUAAUUACAAUCGUCGGAACAAUUAUCGUAAUAGCACCAGUUAUUCUGGUCAGUAA